AUGUUUACGUAUAAUGGUGAAGAUCAAGAUCCAGCGAAGCAGGAGAAUUCCAAUAUUGUUGAUCAGCAAGGUCAACAAUUUCAUAAUAAUGCAGUUAGAGAUUUGGUUUUGAGAGCAAAGAGUUCUGGAGUUUCAGGGUCUUCUGGUAUGGGUGCUGCUGCUACAGGUACUGCUGCUACGGGAAACGCAAUGCUGAGCAAUUCCUCAGGUGCUGUUGCUACAGGUGCUGUUGCUACAGGUGCUGUUGCUGCUACGAGAAAUGCAGUGCUGGGCAAUUCUUCAGGUGCUGUUGCUGCUACGAGAAACGCAGUGCUGAGCAAUUCCUUUUCCCUAUUUUCAUGGUCUGGCUAUCGGCGAAAUCUCGCUACUACUUUGCCUGAUAAUGUUGAAAUGCCCGAAAACGGUUCGGCAAUUGCUUCCUUGGACAAUGAGCCGGUCCAAGAUAAGUCCAGCGCGAUGAAUACUGCAGAAACUGCAGAAACUGAUUCAACAAGAAGGUGGUAUUCCUAUUAUACAUCAAUUUUAUUCCCAAAUUCUUUACCCAAAUUAAACUUGGACGAAAUACCUUUACUAAGGGAAGAUCCACCGCCUUUACAACAUUCACAGUCACUAGUCGAACGACAGGCAUCACCGAAGGAAAGUACAAUGUCUGAAUGCUCCUUUUCGCAACCCCAGCAGUCAUCAUCUUGGUUUAGUUGGCUAAUUCCCAGCUUUUUCCAAUCAGCUGCAUACCUCAGCGAAACCAAUGAAGACGAUGAUUCUAGUGAGGCUUACAGAUCAUCAAAACUCGCUAUUGUAGGAGCUAAGGAUGAGUGUCAUUAUGUUUAUGCCAGUACCGAUGGGUUUAAGAAUUUCGAAUUAGCAGUGUAUGGAACAGUAAGCGAACAUAAUCCCGUACAGAUCCAUUUCCGCAAGAAUAGGCCAGUAUCAUCAAAUGAGAUUUUUGAAAAAUCAUUGAAAAAGCAAGCUAUUCAAACGGUACCAAGCAUAACAACAUCAACAACUAAUACUACAUCAUUGGAAAACGACAACUCGCCAACACUAUGUAGAAAUUUAGUUACACCUACGGUUCAAGAGAAUUAUCGACAAGCGACUUUGAAAACCAAGCUCCGGAUUAUAUCAAAAGAUGUAAUUUGCGGCAUAAAGACAGAAGGUCACUUGUAUAGAAAAAAACCAAAUGAUUUGCAUCAAUUGAUCAAAAAGAUUCAAAAAAUCACCAUUAUCGGCGUUCAUAACUUUUUACCUACCAAGAUGGUGCGGGCACUAAUUGGUGAGUAUACGGGAACCUCAAUAGACUAUGUGAAGAAAGCAGCAAAAGCAGUUGAAAAGUGGAUUUUGGAAAACUCUUUUGAAUUUGAAUCAUUAGAUUAUAGUAUAAAGACAAUAGCAAUUGACGGACAGGGCAAGAUGAAUGAUCGCAUUGAUAAAUCUGUGCAUUUACUUAACAAUUGGAAAAGUGACUUGGAACAAAGUGAUUUCAUCUUUUUUGUAAGUUAUUCAACCUCAGUUCCUAUUGCUGUGAAUAUUCUUGCUAGAUUGUUGCAAACAAAUUAUCAUUUGAAGCACCAUAAUAGAAAGAUUGCAAUUUUGAGCAUGCUGGGCAGUUUUCUUGGUCCUAUGCCAUCGCAUUACUAUAAGAUUGUUUAUCGAGCAUACACCCAAACUGAGAAUGAGAUAGUUCGAGAAGUUUUCGAAUUAGAUAAAAGAGAUAGCUUGUUAUCCAAGCAGUUGGACCAUUCAAUGAAGUACCUUAUAUCAAGGAAUGUAAAGUUUAUCUUGACAAGCAGUUUAAAUGAUUGUUCAUUUAUACCACUUUAUUCCAGUUGGGGAUUGCAGUACAAUCAUCCUAAUAUCCAUCGCAACAUGUACAAUGGAACUGACGCCACUCCUGGCGUUCCAUCGUUUAUUUCACAAAGUUUCAAUAUGAUUUGCAUGAUGAAAAACCUUGGUCAAGAAGAUGAAUACAAUAUCAUUAAAGAGCUAGGUGAUAAACUAGACCCCCCAGGUAAAUCACCACGAGCAAUGAUUUUCGAACAAGAUCAAGUAUAUACCGAAGCACUCAAUUUUGCAUUAAAAUCGACAAAUCUCACUCACAUGCGAGAUUUGAAGAUCCGGUACUCGAAAUCAAACUUUAGCCACCAGCCAUCUUCAGCAUCGGUGUCUCCUUCAGCAUCAACAACAUCAGUGAGUUCAAUCCUUUCUUCACCUACACAACAACAACAACAGCAGCAGCAGCGACAGCAACAACAACAACAACAACAACAACAACAACAACAGCAACAACACUAUCUUCAACAGUACGACAUUCAGUUGAACUUUCAAAACAUUCUCCCUUGGUCUAUUCGAUCCAUAUUCCAAGAUUUCAUAACUUAUAAACAUAUAGACACUUUUAGUAGAUUAAAUUGCAUAUUGGAACAAUUUCGAGACUGGAAACCAAGUAGUAAGCAGUAUAGGGAUAUAAAGUAUUGUUUGGAUGCGUUAAGUGAUUUUGAAUUGGAUGAGUUGAUACUAUGA